AUGAACUCAUUCAUCGUUUACGCUACGGCUCUCAUUCCUAUUGUAUCAGCGUUAUCAGUUGAUCUCGCUUUGUCGUCCUGUCCUAAUACGACCGCCCUCACUAUCAAACAAACAGUCGAUGGGACCGCAAGCAAUUUUACAGCAAUCCCUGCAGAAGAUGGGCUCAUUUGUAACGUCCAAAUAGUUGCAACUUCGCCAGAGACUAGCUUGAAUUCUACUGCGUGCUUUAUAGUCGCUGUUGGAGACGAUACGUUUGACACCCAAUCAGUAAUUACGCCAGCUGACAGCUACUCUGGGGACCCAGUUGGAUGGUUGAGAUGUUUGGAUACUCUUAACCCAGGAAACGGGGAUCUAGAGGACUCAGACUAG